AUGCAGCGAUUGGACGAAGACCUAGAAUCCUGUUGCAAUAAUGAAUCACUUCUUCAUAUUGUCUGUGCACUGGGAGCAAAGUUCUUGGCGCUUGACCAUCCCUCCCAAUUUCCCCCGGAAUCAGUACUCACAGCUGGUAAUCAGUGGGCAAAGAUUGCCAAAGCGCGAAUAUUCGCGGACUUGGAUGAUCUUUCCCUCGAGAAGUUGAUGACUGCAAUUCUGUUGUAUGAUCAUGAUCUUCGAAUUGGAAGCUAUGCAAGUGCGUUCAUCCUCAGUGGCGUCACUGCAAGAAUUUCACAAGCAUUACAGCUUAAUCUUGAAAGCUCCGCCGACGUCCUCUGCACUCAGUCGGACUCCACAUGCCCAAUUUCAAAUGAAUCUAAACGACGUCUGAUGUGGAGCUGUUAUGUCAUGGACAGUUGGGUGGGCAGCGGUGUCAAUCAGCUCACUCUCCUUGAAGACAAAGAUCUCAAGAUCCAGCUUCCUUGUCACAGCCACAACUUCUCUCUGGGGACUCCCUGCAUUACUGAAGUCCUAGAUGAGGGAAAGGUUCUUGGCUUUAUUCCGAGAGAACAUAGUCAUUUCCAGCCGGCUCAAAAUAUGGGCAUAGAGGCUUAUUUUAUUCGCCUUGUGAGCAUUCGGAAACGGGUUCUUCGAUAUGUUAAACAGCUUGAUACGUCUAAACCCCCGUGGGAACCGGAUUCUGAAUUUCAACAAUUAUCGACCGAAUGUGAAAGCUGGCGGCAAUAUCUUCCACAUAGUCUCAAAUGGCACUCAGGCUCAAUUUGGGCCCGCAAGGAAUCGUCACAGCUAGGUGCAUUGACAUUACUUUGGUGUACCUAUCACCAAACGUUAGUUGAUCUUUAUCGUAUUGGCAUGCCCACCCUUUUCCGUAUAAGACGACAUGUCGACUUUCCAUCGGACAAGAAAGAGUUCUUGGAUUAUUGUCGCAGGGUCUGCUUCGACAGCGCUCGGGGAGUCUCUAAGAUAAUUGUUGAAGCAUUGAGGCAUGGAAUCAAAGCCCUGGCUGAUACUUGGCUUUGCAUCAUUGCACACGACAGCACCAAGGUGAUGCUAUAUUAUUUAAAGCACGUUACAGAUUCAUCGGCCUCUCUGAGCGUGUCCCACUCAAAUGAAACGAAGAUUCUAGUGAACAAAAAUCUGGAAACACUCAUGCAGAUGAGAUCUCUCGUUGCAACAGCCGAACAUUGCUACCUUUCUGUUAUUAAGAUGAUGAUUUCAGCAGGUCUUCACCCCGAGUUUCCACAUCAUUCUACAAAUGAACGAGAGUCAGAAGAAACCGAGGAAAUCCCCUCCCCUUCAGGAUCCCCGGUUGAAGAAUCUCCGGAAAAUGUGCUGAACCCGCUUGCGAUAUAUCGUAUGGCGCGAACAGCUUUGCAUGGCAAGGACACACGAGGGUCGACCUCAAAUUCUCCCUCAACUACAAAUCCCGCGUCGCCGGGAAUACUACAGCCCAGAACAACUGCAGGACAAUCCCUUCAGAACUUGAAUAUUACAGCUUUGCAACCCAUCCCUGUACGAGAGCAAUCGUACCAACCACACACUUCCCGGAUUGACGACCGAUCUACCAUGGUGCAGCCCUUCUAUUCCGCCCCUGAAGUCCAAUCAAUAAGUUCCAACAACUUCCCACAAUUAUCAUCUUUCGGCACUACCGGGUCAUGGGAUCCGGCAGAAAUGGCUGUAAUGAACAUGUUGGACGAUGGAACCUCUCCUUGGCCCGCAGAGUAUCUGACUGGCGGCCAGUCAGGGGUCGAUCCAUUUCUUUUUCCAUUCUAG